CUUCCGUGACGUGAGGGAAUAGAGGGCGGCCCGCUGCUGGCGGUGAGUUUAAAGGAUCACGGCUAGGAGGCUGGAAAGAAAACAGGCUGCUAUUUCAUGUGCAGUUUUCAGAUACAGAUUGCGUAUUCAGCUCUGAACCAGACGAGAUGCCAACAGACAGCGUCCCUCUGCAGGAUCUUCCCUGCAUGAGUCUUCAGGGCUCCAUGUUAACUCAGUCCAAGAGGAUCAACAAACGCAAAUCCAGAGGCUACUUCAGUGAGGGCCUGGACACAGAAUGCACACCUACAGACCUCAUCCAGCAGCACUCACCCCGACACAAGCACCAGCGGCUCAUCAGCAAGGGCAAAGAGAACGACUGCAGCCAGUUUGUCCUGGCCAGGAGAUCAAGGAGGAGGAAAGACUUUACAUCAGCAGACAUUUCAUGGGAUCACCUACCAGAUGAGCUGUUACUCAAGGUCCUCUUCUACCUCCCUUUGCAGGACCUCCUCAGGAUGUCAAUAGUUUGCAAGCGCUGGCACCGCUUAGCGUUUGAUGAAUCUCUGUGGCACAGCGUGGAUCUGGAGGGGUUGACCCAUAUGGGUCCAGCUCUGCAGCAGGUUCUGAAAACAGGGGUCCGCAGGUUGCGCUGCCCUCGCUCCUUCAUGGAAGGUCUGCACAUCACAGACACAGGCCCACUGCAGAUGAUUCAGAUGGACCUGUCCAGCUCCAUUAUCCCCACCUCAGCACUGGAGAGUAUAAUCUCUCAGUGCAGGCUGCUGGAGUAUCUGAGCCUGGAGGGUCUCCAGCUCUCUGACACCAUCAUCAGCUCUCUGGCCAAGAACCCAAACCUGCUGCAGCUCAACCUGAGUGGCUGCUCGGGCUUCUCUGCUCCUGCUCUGGCUGACAUGUUCAGAUCCUGCUCCAGGAUAGAGCAGCUGAACAUAUCAUGGUGUGAAUUCAACAGUAACCAUGUGAAGAGUGUUGUCAGUAAUCUGAGCUCCAGUGUUACUCACCUCAACCUCAGUGGUUACAGAGAAAGCCUCACACUAGGCGAUGUGAAGGUGCUGGUGGUGAGAUGUCCUCAUAUUCAAACUCUAGAUUUAAGUGACAGCACUCUGCUGAUGGCUGACAGCUUCCCUGUCCUCGCACAACUCAAAUAUCUGCAGCAUCUGUCACUGAGUCGCUGCUAUCACAUUCACCUCGCUGCUCUAACUGACCUGGGUAAGACUUUCCCCAUGCUGUGCCUCCUGGAUGUUUUUGGCCUUGUACACGAUGGCCACCUGCCAUCUCUGAAGAAGGGGAUGCCUCACCUCUGCAUCAACUCAAAGCCUUUCUCUGCCAUUGCCCGGCCAGCACCUGCCAACAGACCCAUGGGCCCCUUGAGUGACCGCACCAUGUGGAACAGGAGGUGUCGACUGAGGUUCAAACUGUAACCACCUCGUCUCCCCCAAAGCCGUGUUCGUCUAUAUUGCGGUGUGUGUGAUUCUGCAGUAUUCCAGCGCAAUGAGUGCAGCUCAUUGAGCAGUGAUAGAGCCAUGUUACAGUGUUUUUUGCGGCUUCAGAAGAACGCUUUUAGUAUUGGCUGGCUGUUAACAGUACUAAAAGACAUCUACUAGAACAUGUCUUCAACUACUGAAUAUGCAAGCUUUUAGAGAAAUGCUGUUCUUUAUUUAGGAAAACCAGAUUUGGAUGUUGAAUCCAGUUUGUGUUAGAAUGUAUUAAGAGAUUGUCUAUUAAUGUUUGGGACAGUUGAUUCCUCAAUUUUGAUAUGAAGGUAAAAGCUUCUGUUCCCAGUUGUAAUAAUGAGAGAAGAGUUGAUUUUAAUCAGAAAAGGUUUUAAUGUAAAAUGAUGCAUCUGGAUCUUGAAUCUCCAAACCAGCUGUGGAUAUUCCUGAUGAAUAUGCAGGUGUACUCAAUGUCCCACUGUGUCACUGUAAAUGAUCAGUAGCUUAAAUGUGUUCACUACUGACCAGGUUAUCAUUGCUGUACAUUUGACUUUUCCUCAGCUGGACAGCAGCUGCUUUCACAAUGAUCUCAUGACAGUGUACAUGUGUCAGUGCAAAUGUGCUGUAUGGUCAGUGCUUUAGAUUACCAUUUCAUUCAGAUGGCAUACAAACCGAACAUUAAUGGAAGUUUUAACUUGUUCAUUUCCCUUCUGAGGCUUAACGAGUAAACCACUGAAUUAUACAGUU